AUGGAACGUUUGCCGCAGAUUAUCCGAAUCGCGUUUUUGGCAGGGCGACUACAAAUACAACCUGGAUACUGUGGCAUCUCGGAAGGAGCUUCGAAGGUCAUGUCUCUUCGGCGCGCCAUUCUCCUCGCGAUUGGUGUCCAGCAGGCUGCUGCCCAGGCGAUACUGUGGGGUCAAUGUGGUGGACAAGGAUGGACCGGACCAACAACGUGCUCCCAAGGCGUUUGCACCUACAUGAAUGCAUAUUACUCUCAAUGCAUUCCCGGAACCACAACCGUUUCCACAACAACCGUUUCUUCGACGACUUCAAAAUCAAGCUCAGUGUCAACUACCACUCCAGUCUCGUCCUCCACUAGUACAACAUCUGGCGCAGCACCUUCAGGAACUAUCUUGAACAUUUCGCCGCAAUGGGCUGCCGCGUAUACCAAGGCUAAAGCAGCGGUAGCCAAACUCUCGCUACAAGAUAAAGUUAACCUUGGAACUGGUGUUGGAUGGGAGGUUGGACAUUGCGUCGGCAACACGCCUGCCAUCUCGUCAAUAUCUUUCCCAGGUCUUUGUCUCGAAGACAGUCCUGUCGGUGUACGCGACACUGAUCUCAACUCUGUCUUCCCCGCCGCAAUCAAUGUUGCAGCGACUUUUAAUCGCACACUUAUGAACCAACGCGGCUCGGCCAUGGGUGCUGAAUUCAAAGGCAAAGGCGUCCAUGCAGCACUCGGACCAAUGAUGAAUCUUAUGCGGGCGCCUGCUGCUGGUCGCAAUUGGGAAGGUUUUGGAGGAGAUCCAUAUCUCUCUGGGGAAGGCGCAUUCCAGACCAUCAAUGGUAUCCAGUCUGCAGGCGUUCAAGCGACGGCAAAACAUUAUAUCAACAACGAGCAAGAGCAUUUCAGAGAGACUAUUUUAAAAAACUAUAGCACGCAACAUGAACUAUACUCGUUACCCUUCCUCCGUAGUGUUCAAGCCAAUGUCGCUUCAGUGAUGUGCAGUUAUAAUCAAAUCAACUCAAGCUUCGCUUGCGAGAACGAUAAAACUUUGAACGGAAUCUUGAAGACGGAGAUGGGUUUCCAAGGAUAUGUUAUGUCUGAUUGGUGGGCAACCCACUCGACAUUAUCUGUCAAUGCAGGAUUGGAUAUGACAAUGCCGGGGGACAUCAGUUCUAACUCGGGCACAACCUAUUUCGGCGCGAAUUUGACCGCCGCAGUUAACUCCGGCCAGAUUUCGCAAGCUCGGAUAACUGACUUGGCGACCCGUAUUCUUGCCGCAUGGUACCUUGUUGGACAAGACUCGGGUUUCCCGGCAGUCAACUUCGACGCGUGGAACGCAGGGUCGUCGUUCAACCAACAUGUAAACGUUCAGGGCAACCAUGGCACCUUGAUUCGCCAAAUCGAUGCUGCAUCAACGGUGCUGUUGAAGAAUACAGGCGGCGCAUUACCGCUCAAAGCACCUGCAACAAUUGGUAUUAUCGGAAACGGUGCUGGAAAUUCGUCCAGAGGUAUCAAUGGAUACUCUGAUCGCGGUGGAAAUGACGGAGUUCUGGGUAUGGGCUGGGGUAGCGGCACCGCCAACUUCCCUUAUCUUAUUGCGCCUCUUGACGCUAUUCGAACACGCUCUGCAACCGACAAAAGCGUUGUCACUGCUUCUACCAGUGACACAGAUUUGAAUGCUGCUCGGACUGCCGCAACAGGCAAGACGGUGGCUCUGGUUUUCAUCACUGCGGACAGUGGCGAAGGCUAUAUCACGGUUGAAGGCAACGCAGGAGACCGCAACAACCUCGCAGCUUGGCACUCGGGUGACGCAUUGGUUGCAGCUGUUGCAGCUGUUAACAAAAACACUAUCGUCGUGGUCAACUCUGUUGGCCCGAUCACGAUGGAAUCGUGGAUUACCAACCCCAACAUAACUGCGGUGGUUUGGAGCGGUAUUCCUGGCCAGGAAGCUGGCAAUGGCCUUGUCGAUGUCCUUUAUGGGGCAUACAACCCAAGCGGUCGCCUCCCAUAUACCAUCGGAAAAUCAAUCUCGGACUACUCGGCCCAAGUAACAACUAACCAGGCGGGCUCGAUUACGCCCAUCAACUACAGCGAGGGCAUCUUCAUCGACUACCGCCACUUCGACCAAGCAGCCAUUGCCCCGCGAUUCGAAUUCGGCUUUGGAUUGUCCUACACGACGUUCGGGUACUCCGGGCUGACAAUUAGCGGCUCUACAUCAGGCGGAACAAGACAAUCUGGUCCUGGGUCAUCUUUAGAUCCUUGGUUGCACAACCCCGUUGUCACCGUCACCUUCAGCAUCCAAAAUACCGGCACACUCGACGGAAAUGAGGUCCCACAACUCUACUUGACAUUCCCGACUGCAGCGCAAAUGGCGCCCAAGAAUCUGAAGGGUUUCGAUAGUGUUUUCGUUGGGGCGGGGAAGACUGUGAGCGUGAGCAUGUCCUUGUCGAGAUUCGAUUUCUCGACCUGGAACGUCGCCACACAACGCUGGGAGGUCAUCACGGGGAGCACAACGAUCUCGAUUGGCGCGAGUAGUCGGGAUAUCAGGUUAACGGGUACGAUUACGAACUGA